AUGUACGACAUAUCAGUAUGGUCUAUACGAGAUAUCGUAAGGCAAGCAGAGAAGGAUCGCUCGCGCCCAACACGCGAUGCCAAUCAUUUCACUCUUUUGCACGAAACAGCAAGACACGCCAUCCACUCCUCUGAGACCCUUAAUGUUACGGACGCGAUUGAGAAGAAAGCUGCUGAGUAUUCUACGAAGCACCUGAGCUUCCAGCUUCGCAUGCUGCAGAAUCUGCUCCUCCGGUCACAAUCGAACAAAGAGCGACUGCAGAAUGAGAUCGCUCUUGCCGUGUUCAGUAUGAGCUUUUUCGACUUCGUGCCUGGCCAAGAUGGCCAAAAAGGGCAAUGGCUAGUGUCCGAGCACUUCUGGAUCUACUGGGCCUUCGCAAUACCACUGACCUGCCUCACGAUAGGAAUUUGGGCGACGCGACAGAAGUGGAGUAGAGUACAUAAGUAA